AUGUCUCAACCACCACCAUUCCCAUAUCUUCCGACCCCUCAGCCGACCCAUCAAUACGACUCAACAUCAUCAAUACUUCUGGCACCUCUGAACGAACUCGAGGCCAUCUCACAAGCGUUGUUCUUGUCUCUGGGGCCACCACAUACGAAACCGCCGCCGCCGCCGCCUCUAUCAGCCGUCCUUGCUUGCGAUGAAGCUAUAUCGUCCGCUAUCGAUGUUGCACGCCUGCAUCAGUUCAAGCAAGCCCGCAUAGAAGCUUUGACAGCCGAAAUCGCAGACAUGGAUGUACGGUGGAAGGAUAUUUGUAUGGAGUUAGAGCUCGGAAAGAGAGAUCUUGAGGUGUUGCUUGAAGAUAGCGAGGAGAGAAUCAAAGCCAUCGAGCAGGCCUCUUCUGCGAGCGUACCAUAUCCCGAACUGUUGGCUUAUGCCCAACGCCUGAGUGCAUUCACCGCAGCGCCUCCCAAUCUCCCAGACGACAACAGUAAUCUGUACGGACAGGAACCUCAACCCCUGUUCUUCCCCCCAUUCCCGAAUGAGGAGAAAAUGCGUCGAGGUCGUCUUAACGCUGAGGCACCGUUGGCAUUACUGGGCGAAGUGCAUUCAGUAGGAAAGGCACAAACCACGACACCUGGCCUACCUGAUAGCCAGUUACCCGGUCACGGCAUCAAUCCCUAUCGACGCGAGACGCGUCCGACAGCUCCACAGGCAACCUUCGACUUUGAUUUGGACCUCAACCCGGAUUUCUAG